GGACCUGACACUCACCUGUGUUCAGGACUCUUCUCCUCCGCUCUUCCUCCCCUCCUCCUCCUCUCCUCUCAGCAUACCCGCUCUAGCUGACUUCUGGUUUCCCACUUUGAUUUGAUUCUUCUGAAGAUGUUUCACCUUGUAUUGAAUGUAGGUUUCUGCUAAGAGGCUUUACCCUGCACCCUAUUCCCUAUAUAGUGCACUACUUUUGCUGUGCUUGGCCAGCCUGUGUUUUAACCUGUCCUCGAAACCUUCCGCCAGGAGGAGACAGUCGGGUGGAAGAGGACAAGAAAGUGGGGAUGGAUUAUUCCCUAUUAAUAUGAGAUUGUAACGGUUGAUUGAUUGAAUGAAUGUAUUUGGGGGUGGCAGGUGGCCUAGCGGUUAAGAGCAUUGGACCAGUAACCAAAAAGUUGUUGGUUUGAAUCCCUGAGAUGACUAGGUGACAAAUCUGCCGAUGUGCCCUUGAGCAAGUCACUUAACCCUAAUUGCUCCUGUAAAACGCUCUGGAUAAGAGCAUCUGCUAAAUGACUCACAUGUCAAAUGUAAACUGUUGAAAGCUGCUGCAGUUGGAAGGAACCAACAUUAAAGGCUGGUCUGAUUAUAUACUUUAUUAUUGCAUUGUGAAAGUGAUAGAGAAGUUGAGGAAUCUCUGGAUACUGAACUGUUGACCUCUGCAUGGAGGAAGACCGGUGUAAAUGCACUUCUGACAGUGGGUGAGCAGAGGAGAGCAGUGCUUGGAAGUAGCAUUGCAGCGUCCCUGUGAGCCUCAAGCCGACAGCUGCAACCAAGUUGCUGUUUACAUCCCCCGCAUAUUUAGAGAGAGAGCGAGAGAGAUAGAGAGAGAGAGAGAGAAAAAAACAACUUUUAGUCAGGUUUGUUAUAUUUGGCUAUGUGGGGGAGUGAAGUCAAGCGUGCACCUGACACUUUCUUGGAGUGCUCAUAGCGCGCUGUAGCAUUGCCAAAACAAUGAUGUGAUAUAACGUGAUACCAUGGGAAAAUAAAGGAAACGCACCAGAGAUUCCACAGACAGGAGUGAAAUUUAACGGACCCAAUAACCGUCACAGCUCGCGCCACCGGAGACCGGAUGGAAUACAAACGGAAUAGUCAACGAGUGACUCACCUUUUAUACAGUCCGUUAUUUAUGGUGAGCGUGCGAUCUGCUGUGCGCACAGCUCGCCAACACGUCAGAUAACGGUCACCUUGUAGUCGCCUGUAAAUGAAGAAGAUCUUAAAUGAGUCUGCUGAACUAACGUCGUUGAACUAACGUGGACCCAAGAUGAAUUAUGAGUUUGGGAUAUCGACUAUGUGGGACUAGAGAUGUGACCUCUUUAUUUUUCCGAAGUCAUGACAGUUAUUAAGUAACCUAACGGAACAUUCGACUAAUCUCUCAAGAUGGCCCUCAGUCCCGUCCUUCUCUUUCUCCUCUCUCUGAUUGGCUGCGGACACUCCCAGGAUGACAUCAUCGACCCCGGCCUGGCCCCUCCCCCUCCUCUGGGUUGCGGUGUGAACGUGGACCCCUUCUACAGGACGUUGUGUGACCUGGAGUCUGUGUGGGGGGUGGUGUUGGAGGCCGUGGCCUGUGGUGGAGCCAUCACCUCCCUGGUCCUCUCUGUGGUUCUCCUAGCCAAGCGCCACUCCAUCCUUGACCCAGAUCGGCGCUCCGGCCUGGGUCCUCUUCUCCUCCUGCUGGCCUCCCUCUUGGUUCUCUUCUCUCUGUCCCUGGUCUUCCUGGUGGGGCGUAACGAGGCCCUGUGUGUGGUCCGCCGGGUCCUCUGGGGCCCCCUGUUCGCCCUGUGCUUCUCCUGCCUCCUGGCCCAGGCGGUGCGGUUGAAGAGGCUGGUGUCUGGAAAGUCUAGCCCCAAAGGGAGCUCCCUGGCUGGGCUUGGCAUGGCCCUGGCCCUGGUCCAGGGGAUCAUCUCUGGAGAGUGGCUGCUGCUGACAGUGGUGAGGGAGGGCCACGGGGCCUGCGACUACCCACCGGUAGACUUUGCCCUGGUUUGCAGCUACGCCCUGGGGCUGCUCCUGACGGCGCUGUGCCUCUCCCUGGCUGUGGUGCUGUGUGGAGGGGAAGGGGGAGGGGACGAGGCAGAGGAGGGGAGUGACGGAGGGUGCGAGCGGCGUUGGAAGUGCAAUGCCGUAUGGCUCUUCCUGUCCUGCCUGGCGUCCCUGUUGCUAUGGGUCUCCUGGCUUGUGCUCUAUCUCUAUGGCGACGCAGCGUUGAGGGGGGCGCGGUUGGGUGGCGGGGAAGGGCGGCAACCGGACUGGGAUGAGCCGGUGUUGGCGGUUGCCUUGGUGGCGCAAGGUUGGAUCCUCCUGUUAUUUCACGCUAUCCCAGAAGCCCACCUGUGUCUGAGGGACCCGCCGGUCCCCAACCAGCAGGACUACUUUCACACCAGCCAGCCCCUGCAGCCCUGCUUCCAACAGGAGGUGCCAUUACCCACACACACCCUCACACACAGGCCCUGCGCAGAUAACCAGACCUACUCUAUCGAGGAACACAGCGCAGCACUGAGAGGUGGGUCGUACCAUAACGGACAUGGGGGGAUGCGUCCUGGGAUCCCCUUCAGAGGCCACAUGUACCAGCCCACUGAGAUGGCCCUGGUGAUGAACGGAGGAACGAUGCCUACCGCUCCGGUGAAUUACACAGGGAGACAGCUGUGGUGAGAGGAGAACCUUGGAACCGGUCUCCACGGCAACACGGCAUAUUAUGGUGCCGGAAUGCUCCGGAAUGUUUCCAAUGUCACUCAUAAUCCCAUCAAUGCCUCUACCUCACCUCACCAUUGACUGUACAAAGCACUGCAACAAGGAAUUUACCCCUGGCCACAGAUCUAGGAUCAGCUCACACUAACUUUUUUAUACACUUUUCUCAUUGAGAGGAAAAGGGAAAAACUGAUUAGAGAUCAGUGCUCACAAGAAAUGUCAUUCCAGGCUUGACUGCAGGAGAUACAGAGAAGGGUAACAAAGACAUUGCCUCCCCCGUCUUAACCCAUGCAGACUGGAAUAUAUCCCCAAUGAUGAUGAUGAACGUCAAGCUCGCUCAGUGAACAGUUAUCGGCUGAUCCCAAAUGGCACCGGCUCUGGUCAAAAGUAGUGCACUACAUAGGAAUAGAGUUCCAUUUGGGAUACAGGCACUACAUAGGAAUAGAGUUCCAUUUGGGAUACAGGCACUACAUAGGAAUAGAGUUCCAUUUGGGAUACAGGCACUACAUAGGAAUAGAGUUCCAUUUGGGAUACAGACACUACAUAGGAAUAGAGUUCCAUUUGGGAUACAGGCACUACAUAGGAAUAGAGUUCCAUUUGGGAUACAGGCACUACAUAGGAAUAGAGUUCCAUUUGGGAUACAGGCACUACAUAGGAAUAGAGUUCCAUUUGGGAUACAGGCACUACAUAGGAAUAGAGUUCCAUUUGGGAUACAGGCACUACAUAGGAAUAGAGUUCCAUUUGGGAUACAGGCACUACAUAGGAAUAGAGUUCCAUUUGGGAUACAGGCACUACAUAGGAAUAGAGUUCCAUUUGGGAUACAGGCACUACAUAGGAAUAGAGUUCCAUUUGGGAUACAGGCACUACAUAGGAAUAGAGUUCCAUUUGGGAUACAGGCACUACAUAGGAAUAGAGUUCCAUUUGGGAUACAGGCACUACAUAGGAAUAGAGUUCCAUUUGGGAUACAGGCACUACAUAGGAAUAGAGUUCCAUUUGGGAUACAGGCACUACAUAGGAAUAGAGUUCCAUUUGGGAUACAGGCACUACAUAGGAAUAGAGUUCCAUUUGGGAUACAGGGAUACAGACUUCUGUUUUUCUGUUAAAUAUUUUUAGCUUUUCUGUUUUGUUGUUUUAAAAAGGGGGGGGGGCUAUAUGACACACCAGGUACAGGAGAACAGUGGUCACGUCCCAAAUAGAACUCUAUUGCCUAUAAAGUGCACUACUGUUGGCCAGAGCCGUAUGGUUCUGGUUCUGGUUGAAGCACUGCAUUAUAAGGAAUAGGGCUCCAUUCUGGAGGCAUUCAGUAUGUAUGUAAAUUCCAUCCAUCCACCGUGCUCACUAACCUCGCCUGCCCACUCAUGUUCUCUACAGACUCUGUGUGACGAGUCUCAAAUGGCAUUCUAUUUCCUAUUUAGUGCGCUAAUUUGGACCAGGAUCCAAAGGGUUCUAAAGUAGUGCGCUAUGUGGGGGAUGGGGUGCCAUUUGGGAUGCGGAACACUAAGAGUUGCUCCUAUUGAUGAUGCUUAUGACUCUAUUAGAUGUGUUGGGACACGUAAACAAGUGUUUUUAAUAAGACUCUCAGCUUUGUGUUCGGUCCACCAGAGUUGUUGUGAUCAAGCACUUUAUUAUUAAGCUAAUCUCUGCUGUCACUAUUUGGGAUAUAACGUUCGUGUGGCAUAUUUCUAUGGUGAAUGUUAUGAUGGUGAAAUUGAAUUUAUUAUUGGUGUCACAGACGAGUACUGUAUUUUUUUGGUGUGGUUCUAUGAUAUCAGUCUUUUGUUAUUGGGUUGUUGCAACACAUUUUGAGAGUUUUUAACAGGGAGGGCAAUAUCAGUAUGAUUAUAUGGCAGAAUAUACAGUAUAUGAAUUAAUGGUAGGAUCUGCACCUCAUACUAACGUUAUAUAUUUCAGAGACUUCUUCUUUGCUCUUUGUGUGUUUUAUCUCCCAACACCUGAACAGUGAGACACCCCCUUGUCCUUGAUUGGACUAAUCUGCUGCCUCUUAAUCCCUAUGGUGCUCUAACUUUAGAAUUACCCAUUUAGGGAAACUGAUAGGGGGAUUGGUAUUAGUGGCUUUACUGUGACCAGUCGUGUACUCCUGUAUAAGGCUAUUAUAUUAUCAUCCUAUGUCCUGAUACAGAGGAGGGCUUGGUUGCAUGUCUCUUAAACACAAUUCUCACACAAAACUCAAUGAAAUAAAAUAUAGAUUAUAGAUUAA